AUGCUUAGAGCUUUAAGAAGUGCAACCCCUCGCACUCAAUUAUUAAGAAAAGUUCAAUUAAAUGUACAACCAAAUCUUUUAAGACAAUGUCGUCGUAGUUUAGCAACUGGAUCAGACACUUUUUUACAAGGUAAUAAUUCAAAUUAUGUUGAUGAAAUGUAUGAAGCUUGGAGACAAGAUCCUUCAAGUGUUCAUGUUUCAUGGAAUGCAUAUUUUAAAAAUAUUGAAUCUAAUAAUAUUCCACCAUCUCAAGCUUUUCAAGCUCCUCCAACCAUUGUACCAACAGUUACUGGAGGUACUGCUGGAUUUUUCAGUCCUGGUCAAAGUUCUAAUAUUUCUGAAGAUGUUGUAACUCAUUUAAAAGUUCAAUUAUUAGUUAGAGCUUAUCAAGUUAGAGGUCAUCAAAAGGCAAAAAUUGAUCCUUUAGGAAUUUCAUUUGGUGAAAAUAUUGAUAUUCCAAAAGAAUUAACUUUAGAUCAUUAUGGAUUUACUGAAGCUGAUUUAAAUAAACAAAUUACUUUAGGUCCAGGAAUUUUACCAAGAUUUGCUGAUAGUGGUAAAAAGACUUUAUCAUUAAAAGAAAUUGUUGAAAAUUGUGAAAAAUUAUAUUGUCAAUCUUAUGGUAUAGAAUAUGUUCAUAUUCCUUCAAAAGAACAAUGUGAUUGGUUAAGAGAAAGAAUUGAAAUUCCUCAACCAUUUAAAUAUUCAACUGAUCAAAAGAGACAAAUUUUAGAUAGAUUAAUUUGGUCAUGUUCUUUUGAAUCAUUUUUAGCUACUAAAUUUCCAAAUGAUAAAAGAUUUGGUUUAGAAGGUGCUGAAGCUGUUGUUCCAGGUAUGAAAGCUUUAAUUGAUACAUCAGUUGAAUAUGGUGUUGAAGAUAUUGUUAUUGGUAUGCCACAUAGAGGUAGAUUAAAUAUGUUAUCAAAUGUGGUUAGAAAACCCAAUGAAUCAAUUUUUUCUGAAUUUACUGGUUCAAAAGAAUUUGAUGAAGGUUCAGGAGAUGUUAAAUAUCAUUUAGGUAUGAAUUAUGCUAGACCAACUACUUCUGGUAAACAUGUUAAUUUAUCUAUUGUUGCUAAUCCAUCCCAUUUAGAAGCUGAAGAUGGAGUUGUUUUAGGUAAAACAAGAGCUAUUCAACAAUAUAAACAAGAUGUUGGAGAAUAUAAAAAGGCUAUGCCAAUUUUAUUACAUGGUGAUGCAGCAUUUGCUGGUCAAGGUGUAGUUUAUGAAACUAUGGGAUUUGCUAAUUUACCAGCUUAUUCAACUGGUGGUACUAUUCAUAUUAUUGUUAAUAAUCAAAUUGGUUUUACAACUGAUCCAAGAUUUGCUAGAUCAACUUUAUAUCCAUCUGAUAUAGCUAAAGCAUCAAAUUCUCCAAUUUUCCAUGUUAAUGCUGAUGAUGUUGAAGCAUGUAUUUUUGUAUUUAAUUUAGCUGCCGAAUGGAGAUCAACUUUCCAUUCUGAUGUUAUUAUUGAUGUUGUUGGUUAUAGAAAGCAUGGUCAUAAUGAAACUGAUCAACCAGCUUUUACUCAACCUUUAAUGUAUAAAAAAAUUGCUGAAAAGAAAUCAGUAUUAGAAUAUUAUACUCAUCAAUUAGAACAAGAAGGUACUUUUACAAAGGAAGAUAUUGAUGAACAUAAAAAAUGGGUGUGGAAUACUUUAGAAGAAUCAUUUUCUAAAUCAAAAGAUUAUCAAUCAACUUCAAGAGAAUGGUUAACAACUCCUUGGGAAGAUUUUAAAUCUCCAAAAGAAUUAGCUACUGAAGUUUUACCUCAUUUACCAACUGCUGUUGAUGAAGAAAUUUUAAAGAAGAUUGGUUCUGCAAUUUCUGAAGCUCCAAAAGGAUUUGAAAUUCAUAGAAAUUUAAAGAGAAUUUUAAAUACUAGAAAGAAAACUGUUGAAACUGGUGAAGGAAUUGAUUGGGCUACUGGUGAAGCUUUAGCCUUUGGAUCUUUAGCAUUAGAAGGUUAUCAUGUUAGAAUUUCUGGUCAAGAUGUUGAAAGAGGUACAUUUUCUCAACGUCAUGCUGUUUUACAUGAUCAAACUUCUGAACAAACUUAUACUCCAUUAAAACAUUUAUCAGAAAAUCAAGGAAUUUUUGAUAUUUCUAAUUCUUCAUUAUCUGAAUAUGGUGUUUUAGGUUUUGAAUAUGGUUAUUCUUUAACAUCUCCUGAUGCUUUAGUUCAAUGGGAAGCUCAAUUUGGUGAUUUUGCUAAUACUGGUCAAGUUGUUAUUGAUCAAUUUAUUGCUGGUGCUGAAUCUAAAUGGAAACAAAGAUCUGGUUUAGUAUUAUCUUUACCUCAUGGUUAUGAUGGUCAAGGUCCAGAACAUUCAUCGGGUAGAAUUGAAAGAUAUUUACAAAUGUGUAAUGAAGAUCAAAGAUAUUUCCCAGCUCCUGAAAAAUUAGAAAGACAACAUCAAGAUGCCAAUAUGCAAAUUGCUUAUCCAACAACUCCAUCUAAUAUUUUCCAUUUAUUGAGAAGACAAAUGCAUAGACAAUUUAGAAAACCUUUAGUAUUAUUCUUUUCUAAAUCUUUAUUAAGACAUCCAUUAGCUAGAUCAAGUUUAAGUGAAUUUACUGGAGAAUCACAUUUCCAAUGGAUUAUUGAUGAUGUUGAAUUAGGUAAAUCAAUUCAUGGUAAAGAAGGAAUUAAAAGAUUAGUAUUUUCAACUGGUCAAGUUUAUGCUGCUUUACAUAAAAAGAGAGCUACAAUUGAAGAUAAAGAUACUGCAUUAAUUAGAGUUGAACAAUUACAUCCAUUCCCAUUUGCUCAAUUAAGAGAUUUAAUUGAUUCUUAUCCAAAUGUUGAAGAUUUAGUUUGGUGUCAAGAAGAACCAUUAAAUAUGGGUGCUUAUUCUUUUGUUGCUCCAAGAUUUGCUACUACUUUGAAAGAAACUACUACUCAAACUAAUUCUUCUAUUAGAUAUGCUGGUAGAGAUCCUUCUGCUUCUGUUGCUGCUGGUUCUAAGGCUAUGCAUAUUGCUGAAGAAGACUCUUUCUUGAAUGAAGUCUAUCAAAUUUAA